CAGGGGGCUGUGAACUCCUGUGAAUGGAGUAGCCAAGACCCCAUUUGCUCUGGCUUGGAGAGCAGGAGGUGUUCUCACAGACAUCUUGCCCCUUACAGCCUUAUGGCUUCUACAGCAGCAGAACGGCAAUGGCAACUUGGAGUACUGUACUGAUUCUGCUGCAUACAGCUCCUACUCCGCACUCACGGGCCCCCUCACAAUGGAAGACAACAGACGGAUUCAAAUGCUGGCAGACACUGUGGCUACUUUGCCUCGGGGACGAAAGCAGCUUGCUUUGGCCAGAUCAAGUUCUCUAGGUGACUUUUCCUGGUCUCAAAGAAAACUUGUUACUGUGGAAAAGCAGGACAAUGGAGCUUUUGGAUUUGAAAUUCAGACCUACAGGCUCCAGAACCAGAACAUCUGCUCCUCGGAAGUAUGCACUAUGAUCUACAAAGUACAAGAAGACAGCCCUGCUCACUGUGCUGGCCUGCAAGCUGGUGACAUCCUUGCAAAUAUCAAUGGUGUGAGCACAGAAGGCUUUACCCACAAACAAGUGGUUGACCUGAUCCGAUCGUCAGGAAAUGUGCUAACGAUAGAGACUCUUAAUGGAACAAUGAUUCACAGGAGAGCAGAGCUUGAAGCAAAGUUGCAAGCUUUAAAGCAAACCUUGAAGAAAAAAUGGGUGGAGUUCAGGUCUCUACACUUACAGGAACAGCGCCUGCUGCAUGGAGAUACAGCUAACUCCCCAAACUUGGAAAACAUGGACCUGGAUGAGUUGUCCUUGUUUGGAAAUCUGCUGGGGCCAGGCCCAGCCCUCCUGGACCAGAACCGACUGUCCAGUGAGAGCAGCUGUAAGAGUCGGCUGAGCUCCCUGACCAUGGACAGCGAGGACGGCUACAGGACAAGUGUGUCCGAGGACUCCAGCCGGGGCGCCUUCAGCCGGCAGACCAGCACCGAUGACGAGUGCUUUCUCUCUAAGGAAGGAGAUGAUAUUCUGAGGAAUGCUUCUUCCAGGAGAAACCGGAGCAUCAGUGUCACCAGCAAUGGGUCCUUAUCCCCCUUGUGGGAGGGCAAUUACUCAAGCAUGUUUGGAACUCUACCCCGGAAAAGCAGACGGGGAAGUGUCCGGAAGCAAAUUUUGAAAUUCAUCCCUGGCCUUCAUCGUGCGGUAGAAGAGGAAGAGAGUCGUUUCUGAUGGGUGGAAGAGACCCUUUGAACUGGCUGCUUUCACAAUUCUCUCUCUACUUGCCUAGAUCAACUCCGCCCGCCUUCGUGGGGAAGUACACUCUGUGAAGCUCACAUCCCAUUUCACAGCAGCAUUGACCUUUAAGUUCUUAUGUUAUUUUUGGGUCUUUUGUCAUUUUUUUUUUCAUCCAGUACAGCUCAAGUUCUAAGAGUACAUCAGGGAAAGAAAGUGAUAGGUUAGAUAAUGUAAUAAUAUGUCUGUUCAUUCUAAUGCUGGCCACGCAAGUACAAAAGUAUUUAUUUUACUGACCAUGCGCGUAAGAAGUGGAGAACUCUUUGGAGUCAAGUGUGAAUACGGAGUGACAGGAUAUAAUUAUUGGGUUGCUUUCCAUAGUU